AACCCCCAAACCCUGUCCAAAACCCUAAGCGGCACUGCCCUAACGCCCACUUCUCUAUCUAUCUAUUUAUAAACUGAUCAGUUUUCGAAGAGAAAUUUGUCAUCUUUGAAAAAAUGGUAGCUGAUAAGGGGAAGAAGCAGAAGGUUGGAGAUGAAGAACAAGUUGUUGAUGGAGACCUCGUUCUUUCCAUCGAGAAGUUGCAGGAGAUUCAAGAUCAACUCGAACAAAUCAAUGAAGAAGCAAAUGAAAAAGUUAUGGAAGUAGAGCAAAAGUACAGCUUGUUAAGGAAGCCUGUUUAUGAUAAGAGGAAUGAGAUAGUAAAGUCUAUACCUGAUUUCUGGUUAACAGCGUUCUUGAGCCAUCCUGCUCUUGGUGAUCUAUUAACCGAAGAAGAUGGGAAGAUUUUCAAAUAUCUAAGUUCAUUGGAAGUGGAAGAUACUAAAGAUGUUAAGGCGGGUUACUCCAUCUCAUUUAUUUUCAACCCAAAUCCUUACUUUGAAGAUAGCAAGCUCACAAAGACUUUCACUUUCCUAGAUGAAGGAACAAUCAAAACAACUGCCACAUCAAUUAAGUGGAAGGAGGGAAUGGGUAUUCCUAAUGGAGUUGUUCAUGAGAAGAAAGGCAAGCGAUCUCUUGCCGAGGAAAGCUUUUUCACUUGGUUCAAUGAAGCUCUGCAUAUGGAUGAUAUUCAAGAUGAGGUUGCUGAGGUAAUCAAGGAUGAUUUAUGGCCAAGUCCCCUGACUUAUUUUAACAAUGAUGGUGAUGAUGAUGAUGAAGAAGAAGGGGGGGAGUUCGUGUUCGAGGAUGAGGAUGAGGAGAAGGGAAGUGAUGGAUCAGAAGACGAUGAUGACGAACAAGAUGAUGGAGAGGAGAGCGAUGAAGAUGGAAAUUGAACACUCUUAAAUUGAUUUGCUUUUGAUUUGUAUGGGUGUCCCUAGUAUGUUUUGGCUUGUGUAAAAAGGUCUUUUGAGGGCGCCAUUAAAUGAACCAAAGCUAGCAAUACUUACCUUUUAUAGUAGACAAGGAUGCUUAUUUAUGUGGUGACAUAACUUCAUUGUUCCAUUUUUGUUCUUUACUUACAUAGCUUUGUUAUGAAUUUAUAAAUUGGUGUUUGGCUAUAGUAUUUGAUUUACUAUUAAA